AUGGAAGACGAGAAUAUAGACACGAAAAAAGCUUCCCGGGCGUCAAAGGCUGAGGCAUUCGGAGUCGAAGACCUCUACCUCGAAGACCAAGGCUCCAGCUCAGCCCAGCCCGAGGACCAGACACCACCCGAAUACACACCACGAUACACACCCCAGCGGCAAUGGCCGAUGCCCCUCAACAUCGUAAUCCAAGUUGUCGGCUCCCGCGGCGACGUCCAGCCCUUCCUCGCCCUCGCCGCCGCCCUCCAGAAAGCAGGCCACCGCGUACGAAUCGCGACGCACCCCCAGUUUUCCUCCUUUGUGCUCGACUCCAACAAAUCCUCCACCUCGGGCAACAAGCUCGAAUUCUUCCCCGUCGGAGGCGAUCCGGCCGACCUCAUGGCCUACAUGGUCGAGUCGCCCUCCCUGAUCCCCAAGAUGUCGCAGAUCCGCGCCGGCAUCAUCCAGCGCAAGCGCGACAUGUACGUCGAGAUGCUCGACGGCUUCUGGCGCUCCUGCGUGCGCCCAGACCCGGCGUCCAACGUCCCCUUCGUCGCCGACGCCAUCAUCGCGAACCCGCCGAGCUUCGCCCACGUGCACUGCGCGCAGGCGUUGGGGAUUCCCGUGCAUCUCAUGUUCACGAUGCCGUGGUCGAGCACCAAGGCGUUCCCGCACCCGUUGGCGAAUAUCAAGUUCUCCAAGGAGGAUAAGAAGAGCACGAAUCACGCGUCGUAUGCGGCGGUAGAGUUUUUGACGUGGCAAGGUUUGGGAGACCUCGUCAAUGCGUGGAGAGUUGAGUCGUUGGGGUUAGAACCAGUCCCGUCAACCGAGGGCCACCGCAUUCUUGAGAGCCUCCAGGUCCCAUUUACAUAUUGCUGGUCACCGUCUCUCGUACCGAAGCCCAGCGACUGGGGUCCGCACAUCGACAUCAGCGGCUUUUUCUUCCGCGAUCCGGCGCCAUACACACCAGCCCCUGACUUGAAAGCCUUUCUCCGAGCCGGCCCACCACCUAUAUACAUUGGCUUCGGCAGCAUCGUCGUAGGCGGGAUCGAGGGACUGAUGACAAUGGUCCUUAGUGCCAUCAAGGCAACAGGCGUCAGGGCCAUUAUAUCAAGAGGAUGGAGUAACUUGACGGGCGAGGAAUCACAAAACGUCUUUUAUGUAGGAGACUGCCCGCACGAAUGGCUGUUCCAGCAAGUUGCCGCGGUGAUUCACCAUGGCGGCGCUGGUACGACGGCCUGCGGAUUGCGAUAUGGAAAGCCCACGACUAUAGUUCCCUUCUUUGGAGACCAACCGUUCUGGGGCGCCGUCGUCGCGGAAGCAGGUGCCGGGCCAGAUCCUAUCCCGUACCGCUCCCUGACUUCACAGAAGCUCAUCCACGCCAUACAAUUCUGUCUCUCGCCGGAGGCCGUUAUGGCGGCAAGAAAGCUCGCCGACUCCAUGCAGAGAGAAAACGGCGUCCAAGCGGCUGUCGACGCCUUCCACGCCAACCUGCCAAAGGACAAGAUGGCCUGCGACUUCUUCUCCGAUCAGCCGGCGUCUCUGGCCUAUGGGAGGGGUAAGAAGCAGGUCAAGAUGUGCAAGCCUGUUGCGUCCAUCUUGGUGAAGAACGGGAAAGUGGAACGGAAACAACUCAAAUCGUGGGUGCUGAUUCAACGUCCCGCUGCAGGCCAUGGAUGCUAA